AUGAUCACUCUGGAUGAACUGCAGAUAACUACAGCUGAGAUCUACAGAGGACACGAAGGCCUGGUGAGAACCAUAAGCCCCUCACCCAGCGGACAGUGGCUCUUGUCAGGGGGUGACGAUGGCACUGUUCGGUUCUGGGAGGUCUUGUCCGGUCGUUGUGUGAAGAAGGUGGAAGUGGGUGAAGCCAUAAAGUGUGUUGCCUGGAACCCCAAUCCGAACCUGAGCCUGGUCGCCCUGGCAACAGCCUCACAGGUGCUGCUCCUAACUCCGCCCCUCGCCAUGACGGACAAACAGGUCAUCACGGCAACAGAGCGACUUUUAUCUGAGGAGACGGAGCCAAACACGGGGGAGGGCCCUGUUACCUGGAUCAACGCAGAGGGGGAGGAGCUUCUACAAGGCAUCCGUGUUAAAAUCCAACACCCCAAAGCCGUGUCCAUGGUGCUCAUUCACCAGGUGAGCAGGAGGCGGAGCCAGAACCCCUUCAGCCGAAACAAGGGAUUGGUACAGAGCGUGGCCUUCCAUCCAAUCAGAGCCUACUUCCUGUUAGCCACGCAACGUAGCAUUCGCAUCUACAACCUGCUAAAGCAAGAGCUAACCAAGAAACUAACGGCUAACGCUAAGUGGAUCAGCAGCAUGGCGGUGCACCCAGGAGGAGAUCAUGUGAUCUGCGGCAGCUACGACUGCAGACUGAGCUGGUUUGACCUGGAUCUGAGCACCAAACCCUACAAGACCCUCAGACACCACAAACGCGCCGUCCGCGCUGCUGCCUUCAGCCACUCGUAUCCCCUCUUUGCUUCAGCUUCAGACGAUGGAUCAGUGAUUGUGUGUCACGGGACAGUGUUUAGUGAUCUGCUUCAGAACCCGCUCCUGGUUCCGGUGAAGGUUCUUAAAGGUCAUGUAAUAACUCAUGACCUUGGAGUCCUGGAUGUGACCUUUCACCCCUCACAACCCUGGGUCUUCAGCUCUGGAGCCGAUGGGACGGUGCGAUUGUUCACAUAG